CAUGGGCCCUUGGGGGUUGAGCGAGUGGCUCCACAGAUUCUCAGAAAUGGACUGAAGACCCACGAAGAAGCAACGACAGAAACAAACGCAUGUGACGAGAAGUAACUACGGACAACGAGGCUUUUAUAAGCGCAAGAGAAGCAAGGAGUGAGGAGCAAGCAGGGAGACUCGUCAGUGUCCUCACGCAGCCAAAGGACCAACCAACACCAUCCAUCCAUCAAUUCAUCCAUCCGUCCUCAUCAGUUCAACAAAAGGGAAAAUGAAGAGACCUCAUGACUACAGCUCUCCGGACUCAGACACAGACGAGUUCAUUGAUGUGGGACAAGAAGACAGCUAUUGCCCAGUCACCGGGUCCAUGUCACCAGGCAGCGCCUCGCAGAUUCUGGCACGCAAGAAGCGAAGAGGAAUUAUAGAGAAGAGGCGCAGGGAUCGGAUCAACCACAGCCUGUCUGAGCUGCGCAGGCUGGUGCCCAGCGCUUUUGAGAAACAGGGUUCUUCAAAACUGGAGAAAGCAGAGAUCCUGCAGAUGACUGUGGACCAUCUGAAACUGUUGCAUGCCAUGGGAGGAAAAGGAUACUUUGACGCACGAGCUCUGGCAGUGGACUACAGGACCCUGGGCUUCAGGGAGUGUGUUGGGGAGGUGGUACGAUACCUGAGCUCCCUGGAGGGGGAGUCACCAGACCCCAUUGGCGCUCGCCUCGUUUCGCACCUCUCCCACUGUGCAAGUGAGCUUGACCCCGUCCUCCUGCAGUCCCCCCCUGCCUCCGCGUUGCCUUUCCCUCCUUGGCCGUGGGCCUCGUUCCCUCAGAUUGCCCCCUCAUCACCUGCCCCCUCCUCAGCUUCUUUCCCUUCUGGGCGAAGGGAUCUCGCUCUACUAGGGAGCUACCCCUCGCCCGCCUCCCUUCGGCUCGCACCCCUGGCUGGCUGCCAGCAGGUCAUACCCCCGCUCCUCAGCCCGACAACUCUGGCCUCAGUCCACAGGGUCACCUCCCUCACAGCAUCUUCAGGCCUGGCCCCCUCUAGACCAAGCCAACCGUCCCCCCACAGCACCACUAGCACUUCACCUCUUCCUCCCCCCACUCCUUCCUCUUCCACCUCUUCUUCUACUUCAUCAUCUGCUGCUGCUCCACAAGUUUCUUUCCGACCCUUUGCUCCUCUGGUGUCUCCCACAUCACAGCGCAGGGGCUCAAAUGGAUCAACCAAGGCAGUCCUGGGAUGGGGGACUGAGAUUGGAGCUUUUUGAGGACCAGCUCCAGCAAAUAGACUCUGUACAGGGGGCUUCCCUUGUACACCACGUAGCAGUAUUGAUACCGUUGAACACUGUCUCUUCUAAGACUCGAAAAGCCAUAUCAGAAGAUGUGUGAAGUUUUAGUUUCUCACAAUCAUAGAUGAUGAAUCAUAAAAGAAUGUGAAGGAAUGGUUUAGAAUAAUUCAUGUUCUUGUUUGACGAAUACACACUUCAAGUGUUCAGCAGAGCCAUAUAUGCAGUGUUAC